CAACUAGUAUUGCUGUUAACUUGAAGAUCAAUUCAAUCAAACUCAAUGGAUUUUAAAAGUUUCAUUUGUUUUUUCUCGGUGCUUCAACUUGCUUCAUGUAUGCUAAUAAAGGAGGUAAAACCUGGUUAUGUUGAUAAAGAAUGGAAACUGAAUACUCCGUGGAUGAGUACAGCAUUAUUACCUGAUUUCGGAUUUCCCAUUAGGGCUCCACACUUGGUCACUGAUUUGUUUCGGAUCGGAAAUAUCGUGAUUCGCACAUUUCCAACUGAAGUAAAUCCGGUUCAUGAAAACACCGAAUAUACCAAGAAUAUGAGCAUGGAAAUGGAAAGCGCUUGUGGUUCAUCGAAAUCAUCAUUUGAUAAGACAGACAUCGUCAUGUUGACAUUGAUGGAAUAUGUUAAUGUUACAUCAAACAUCGUUAAAUCUAUCAGAGUCGAUCCUCUUUCAGUUGAACUGUAUACUCAUCAUGUGCCCAUGAAAGCGUUUGAGCCUCUUGUUCAACGGGCAGUAACUGAUCUUUGUGAGCACUUUUGUCAUGGAAUCUAUAAAUACAAAUAUGUUGCUGCAGGUUUGGAUCUACCACAUGAAUGUACAUUGCCUAAAAAUUGUACAUUCAAUGCAAACGAAGUCGACUAUCCUAAAUUUAUAGCCGAAACGGAAAAAUUCAUUAAAACUCUAAAAUAUCUCUUCCUAUUUGACUUGAGAUCAAAAACAUGUGAUUUUAGGCUUUUAUCCAUGCUCUUUAUGUGGAGACCAACGAUGAUUCUUGAACUGGAUAACAAAACUGCUUCAUUGUUCCCAAAAUUAACUGAUAACCAUUAUUUUAUUGCACAUUUCAUUGACACCAAGAAAAGGCUCACUUCAACUCGAAUCAUUGAUGUUUGCAGAAUUUUUUCUAGUUAGAUUUUAUAAUAAUAUACAACUAUUAAUAAAACAAUUUCUGUUAUACUUUAAUAUUUUCAUACCUUUCUUGACAAUAAUUUGCUUGCAGAUGAUAAAUAAACUUUCAAAGUGUGA